AAGUCUGAAGACGCUUAUGUCCAAGGGGAUCCUGCAGGUGCACCCCCCGAUCUGCGACUGUCCAGGCUGCCGAAUAUCUUCGCCAGUGGGGGAAAAGGGACCCAAACACCCAGGAAGACCCAAGAAAGGAUCGGGGGCAGGGCACAUAUUCACGAUGCUCUGCAGUGCUAAGCAUGUGGUCCAUGGUAAUCGGGGACGGCUGGCAGACAAGAGGACAGGUGCCUUGCCUGUAGCAAGUGCCCUGAAGCAGGAGCCGACCCUCAGCUUUUCGACCAGUGAUGGUGACAGCGAUGGAAGAAGUCCAACCGGCGGGCGGCAGCGAGGCUUGAAGCAGGAGGACGACUCACACAUUCCUAUCAUGAGGAGAAGAGUCCACACACACUGGGAUGUGAAUAUCUCCUUCCGAGAGACAUCCUGCAGUCAGGACAGCAAUCUUCCCACCCUCAUAUCCAGUGUACAUCGAAGCCGUCACCUCGUUAUGCCUGAGCAUCCCAGCCGCUGUGACUUCCAGAGAGGCAGUGUGGAGCUUGGCCUGGGACCCACAGGUGACCUGUUAGGCAAGAGGCUGGGUUGCUCACCCUUUAUCACCAGCGACUGUUCUUCAGAGAAGAAGGCCCGAAGUGAGUCCCCCCAAGAGACUCUGCUGCUCCCGGACCUGGGGCCCAGCAUGGCCCCCGAGGACCACUACCGCCGGCUUGUGUCAGCCCUGAGUGAGGCUAGUCCCUUUGAGGACCCUCAGCGCCUCUACCACUUGGGUCUCCCCAGUCAUGAUCUCCUGAGGGUCCGGCAGGAGGUGGCGGCCGCAGCUUUGAGGAGCCCCGGCACCCUGGAAGUCCACCUGCCCCCCUCCCUGGGCCAGCGCCGGAAGCAGGUCCUGCCUCAGCCCCGGGAGGGCGCGCCUGCGUCGGCUGCCCCGUCCUUCUCGGAGAGGUGGGCUCCGGCCUUGAGCAGGCCGCACUCGGCCUCGGCUCGGCCCAGGGCCGCCCUGGACACCACUGGGGAAGACUGGGCUCAAGACGGCUCUGAGGAGGAGCGCUCCAAGGACUCUGACGGAGAGGACCCGGAGAUGGCGAUGGCGGCGGCGGCAGGGGCCGGGCCCGCGCCUGGCCAAGGCCCCGGGGGGAGCACCAGCGCGGAGGGGAGGGGGCUUCUCCCCGCGCCCGCCCUGCCUCUGGGCUUCCCCUACUACACAGGUGCUGUGGGAGGGCUUUUCACAGAGGGGGAGGCUGCAGCCCCUGAGGACAUCAGCAAGUGGAGUGUGGAGGAUGUCUGCAGCUUCGUGGGGGGCCUACCUGGCUGUGGAGAAUACGCUCGGGUAUUCAGAGAACAAGGGAUUGAUGGAGAGACCUUGCCGCUGCUGACAGAAGAACACCUACUGACCACCAUGGGGCUGAAGCUGGGACCUGCCCUCAAAAUCCGGGCCCAAGUGGCCAAACGCCUGGGCAGAAUCUUCUACAUGGCUAGUGUUCCUGUAGCCCUGCCACUCCAGCCAAGCCUGCGGGGCCCUGAGCAGCUCAGCCCAGGACAGCAGCCCCUAUCCCCAGCAACACCUACUUCUCCCUAUGGGUCUCCCUAUGGGGGGGCCCACCCUCAUGCAGGCCGGGCCUCCCCUAAACAGGAGAAUGGUUCUGCAGCGGUGGCUCUGCUCCCAGGGGCCUCAGACCCCUCCCAGCCUCUGUGCUAAACUGGCAGGUGUCCCCACCUCUGCACACGCAUAACACCCACAAUUCCCAGGGCUUUUUUUCCAUUUUGGCUUUGGACA